GUGUGGGAGAUCAGUGACCUUGACCGAGAUGGCAUGUUGGACAGAGAUGAGUUUUCUGUGGCAAUGCAUCUGGUUUAUAGAGCUCUUGAGGGUGAGCCCGUUCCCAUGUCCCUUCCUCCUCCCCUAGUCCCCCCCUCUAAGAGGAAAAAACCUGCGACCCCUCCCGUGAUGCCUCUGUUACCCUCGCCUCCCUCCGCCAAAGACGGUCGCUCCUCCCACUCCGGCUCCAAGACCAUUCCCCACCCUCCCAAGCCCAGUCCAGCUCCUGCCCCGACACCAGCAGCUGUCCCUUGGGUGGUGUUGCCAGCGGAUAAAGCCAAAUUUGACGAACUGUUCAGCAAGACAGAUGGAGACAUGGACGGCUUAGUGUCUGGUGCAGAAGUCAGAGACAUAUUCCUCAAGACUGGACUUCCUUCUGCUACACUCGCACGGAUUUGGGAGCUUUGUGACAUUGGAGACAUAGGGAAGCUGACCCGGGAACAGUUUGCCCUGGCGCUGUAUCUCAUCAAUCUUAAGCUGACAAAAGGCCUGGACCCACCGCAGAGUCUCUCCCCCGAAAUGAUCCCUCCUUCAGACAGACAAAACAUCAAACAUAACAAUGCUGCUAACCUGGCGGCCGACUUCUCUGCUAUUAAGGAGCUGGACACUCUGAGUAAUGAGAUUGUUGAACUGCAAAGAGAGAAAAGCUCUGUGGAAGAGGAGAUCAAGGAAAAAGAAGAGGCCAUUCGACAGCGCAGCACUGAAGUGCAGGACCUUCAGGACGAGGUGGCGAAAGAGAGCGAGGAGCUGCAGCGACUCCAGUUGCAGCGUCAGAAAGUCCAGGAGGCUUUAGGCGAGCUGGACCAGCAGAAGAACUCCUUGGAGGAGCAGCUCAACCACAUCCGACAGCAGACUAACCAAGAGACUCAACUUAUCACGUCUCUGCAGUCGGAGCACGAGGAGCAGGAGCAGAGGAUAUGUCAGUACGAGGAGGAGCUCGUCCAGGCUCGAGAGGAGCUUCUGGCUCUGCAGGAGGAGAGCCGGAGGCUGCAGGAGACGGUCCAGGCUGCUCAGGAGCAACUCACUCCACUUCAGGAGUCUGUGCGUGACUCCUUCACACAAGUGUCGCAGGUUCAACAGAAAGUCAAAGACCUGAAGGUGGAGGAGAGGUCGGUGACUGCUCAGCUCAGCUGGAAGAGAGCUCUCGAGGACAGCUCUCCUGUCAUGGUGAACGGAUCGUCAGGCCCCGCAGCUGAACUGGACCUCUUCAACGAGGACCAGCAGAAAGAGUUGAAGGAGGACGAGCCAGCCGCUGCCUGCAGUCAGCAGAAAGAACACUCAGAUACAAAGGAGAAAGAAGGAAAAGAAGUGAAGGAAGAGGAGAGCUUAAAGACUCUGGAGGAGGAAAAGCAGAAACCUGAUGCCUUUGAAGCUCUCUAUAAUAGUUUUACCUCAGCGGAUUUGUACAACUGUUUGUCGAAGCCUCAAGAGAGCAGUGUUGGGGAUAUCGCGAUUACUCCUGAACUCUCCUCUGAGAACAUCGAUGACGAAGAUGAAUCCCCUAAAGACUCCCCACUAAAGGUUGACUCCCCAGAGCCAGAGAGCAAAGCAGAGCCUACAGAAACAACCAGCUCCUCGACGCCUCCUCCACUCGAGCCUCGCUCCUUACCACCGCAGACGAGCCCCCCCUCCCUACCUGAGAUGAACUUCUUCCAUUCAGACCCUUUUACUGAUCAUGAUCCAUUUAAAGAUGAUCCCUUUGGAAAAACUGAUGUUGCAGAUCCUUUUGGAGGAGAUCCGUUCAAAGGCUCAGACCCGUUUGCUGCGGACUCUUUUUUUGCACAGACCUCCAGCACUACUUUUUCCUCAGAGGACCCUUUUUCAGUUCCAGCUGACCCAUUUGGUACUACUCCCGGCAUCCCAGAGCCAGACCUGUUUGCAGCCAAGAUAAACGAUACAGCUUUGGCCCCAGCAGCAGCUGUCCAGGAUCCGUUUGCUUCCAAAACCACCAAUCCAGCUCCUGCAUCCAAGGAUCCUUUCAGCUCCACAGGAACCAAGAAAGCGGAUUCAGACUUAUUUGGAGGCAAAGUGAAUACCUCAGGGGAAGUGGAUCCUUUUAGUUCACAGGAUGGAGGGAAAGAUCCCUUCAGCUGCUCUUCUCCAACUUCUGAUCUGGCUCUGAAGGACCCUGCACCAUCCAAUGACCCCUUCGCUCCAGGCGGUACUACAGUGAGCACCACCUCAGAUCCAGAUCCAUUUGCUGCUGUGUUUGGUAAUGAAUCAUUUGGAGGAGGUUUUGCCGAUUUUAGCGCUUUGACAAAGUCAAACAGUCCUGACCAGUUUGGCAUCAACAACAAAAACCUGUUCCAGGAUGACAGCCAGUCUACCAGCCCCGACGUGCCCCCAGCCCUGCCCCCUAAAACGGGUACACCAACCAGACCUCCCCCUCCACCUCCAGGUAAGCGAUCGUCCAUCUCUAGAACAGAAUCCUCCGAGUCCUUCCACCGACGAGGACCCUUCCUCCCACAAACUUCAGGAGACUUCUCUUCCUCUUCCUCCUCCUCCUCCUCCCUGCCUGCCAAGGAUCCCUUAGCUGACCCCUUCGCCCCUUCCUCCCCUCCUCGGCACAACCUGCGGGAAGUCGAUCGAUUUGCCAGCUUUGACAAAUAUCCGACCGAGGAAGACAUGAUAGAGUGGGCAAAGCGCGAGAGCGAGCGAGAGGAAAAGGAGCGACUUGCAAGACUCACGCAGCAGGAGCAAGAGGACCUGGAGCUCGCCAUCGCUCUCAGCAAGUCUGAACUCUCCUGAGGAGGUUUCUCUUCGUCAUAUGGGCCAACCUUGGCGCGGCACAGCCCGGCCCGGCAAUCACCAAAGCAAAAGCGAGGACUGAGUAGGACUGAUGCCCCGCCCCCUCCAGGCAGGAACUUAAAACUGAUGUCUGAAAUCGCUCAACUCUUUCUUCCCUCCGAUUGCUCGCUGACGUUUCAGAGCAGCGUUCUUUUUUUCUUUCAUCAUCCGGUUUGUCUCUACAGGUUUGACCGAAGAGGAGCACCAUGCCGUCUUCUUUUCUUUUUUUCUUUUUUUUUUUUUGCAAACCUCGCUACUUUAACUCUUCAGAAUGUAAUUUAUUUAAACAUGCACUCAAAACUAGAAUAAAACAGCCACUGUGAGAAGCACGGCUAACCAAACUCACUACACCUUAAAUCCCUCACUGUGACCAUUUCAUGAGAUUUUAGUCAACGUGCUGAUUUCGUAGAACUGAAAAUCCCCCAAACGUUUCUUCUGUUCUUUCAUAACUUAAAAAAACACCACACAUCAACAGCUAAAAUUUGUUUUUCCAGCAUUGUGCAGCAAAAUGUUAUCUGUUUUCACUAACGUGCUUCAAAAAGCAGCUGAGACUUUAUUUUCCCUGCAAGUCAAAUUCAUAGAACAGCUUCACUACAAUUAAAUUGUAGUUUUCUGUAUUUUCUUAUUUUUUAUAUUACUGUUAUUUUGUUUUGUUUUUUUGAGGCAAUAUGAACAAAAACUAUGCCAUGAUUAAACCACGAUUAGCAUUAAACCUUUAAGGAACACUACAGCAGAAUGUUCACCUUUUUAGAUAAACUCUAAAGUUCGGCCUUGUGUUUGAUACAUUAUUUGUCUUGAACUGUAUCAUUUCCAUUAAAUAUCUUUAGAUUUUUUAUAAAUGUGGCAUAUGAGCAUUAGCAAAUAUAAAUUUAAGCAUUUCAGCAGCAAUCCUGCGUUGUUUAUUGGCACUUCAGACGUCUAAUUAGUGUCCCUAAAGCUCAAACAUUUCUUUUAAUAUAAACCAAUUAUUAUGGGUGCAAUUGUCAUUUCAUUAUACAAAUUGGAAAUGUUCCAUAAAUGGUCCUUUAUUUUCCCCAACACUUGUGCUAACUUUACUUUUCUAGGAUAUUUUUCCUCUCUGAUGGACUCGAUGGAUUUCAGUCUCGUGGAAGUCAGAAGGGUGGUUUUCAGUCUGAGAAUUUUACUUGCAAAAAACUUCCUUAUGUUGAGGAUCGAGUCUCACGUUAAACUACGUCACCUUACCUUGCAGAGAGGAUAUACAACAGCUGCCUGGAUUGACUUUUUAUUAUUAUUUGUAGUUUGUUUGUGUUGCMCCCCCCCCCCCCCCCCCAAGGAAAAAAUGAACUGAUCUAUAGAAAGAAGAUGCAUUUGAAGGCCCCUGUUCUCGUCUCAUUUAUAAUACAGCACAACAUCAUGGAUGGCACUUGUCUAGUCUUCUUCUCUGUUCCGUUUUAAAUCUUGUGUUCCUUCUAAGCGAAACCAGUUCCUGUUCUUAAAACAGCACUUUGUAGCAAGUGCAGCAUCUCGUUAAAGUUUAUUGUAAAUUCAAGAGAAGAUUUGCAUGUCUGUCCUCCGAGCUUCUCUUUGGCAGUUCCAUAAAGGCCACUACACCGUUAAUGUUACUGUCCUCUAUACAGACCAACCCGGAACCACUUCAUGCUUGUUGGCUUACUCAUAAAAUGUUUUUAAAAACUAAGGCUAAUUGUAUUUUAUUUUGUUUUUUCUAACUUGUAAGGAAAAAAAAUCGUUAUUGGGAGGUUUUGCCAGACUCUGUAAUGCAUUUAACUGAAACUAAAUAAAGGUUAAAAUAAUA